AUGACCGCACGCGCGCAAAGCGUGGCCGCUUCGACGGACUGGCUCCCGUCCCAGGGUGCUCCUACGCUCCCGACCAAGAACCUACACCCGCAGUACAUCAGAGACAACAAGCAGAGUGACUGGUUCAUCUGCCUCGCAUGGGCUAUCGAUGAGUACAAAAACGACCAGGUGCAGAGCAGGAUGCUGUGCAAGCUGUAUGCGUUCAUGCUCGACUAUAUUCCCACUGGUCUGGCUGGCGACUUCGCCCAUAUACGCGGCGGCGACGUUAUGGACCAAUUGCUCUCCCACAACGAAAAAACAGCGUCCCGCCACAGGGUGACGAAACAGGCAGAAAUUGUAUUCGCCGAACUGGAGACGUGGAUGAAAGGGCACAAGUCUUGGGAGGAAGCCCUGCAGCACCCCAGAGAAAGCAGAAAGAGCAAUGCAAGCAGAAGACGAGAGCACAAGCCCCAGGCUAAAGCUACUCAGCUGCUCUCACCGGCAGGUAUGAUGGCAGUCUUGGUGAUUGCAUAUCCUAACCACAAAAGGUAUAAGGACUACAUUCACAAGCUAGACAUCUCCUGGAUGAUGACCCAACCACGGGAAAAUUUGGAGGUGCGAGGUGGCUUUUGGAAGGGGAUCACUAUUGAAAACCUCUACACGGUAUUCCGCCCGGCUGAGGCUCGAGAGGCCGAGCAGUCGCAUCUGGCCGAUUACAACCAGCUCUUCGGGCAGGACUUCAUGCGCUGCAGGCAGGAUCUCAAACCGUAUCUCCAGCCGUGGGCUCGGGGCCUGAGUCUCGAGGAGCCCGCCCCAGACGGCGACUCGGACGGUUCAGAUGCAGCAGAUGGCCAGCAAGGGACCGGCGACCAACCCGGAGGCCGGUUGGGGGAGGGCACAGAUAGCGAAUCAAGCGAAGAUGACAGCGACCUCAGUUCCGCGGAAAGCACCAGCACCGCGGCGCAGAAAGACGUCAUUGUACACGUCGCCGCCAGCAGGCACAACACCAGGGAUUUAGCCGAGGUCUAUGCUGUUCGCAGCCAUGUGGACGCUCUCAGUGGGGCAGAGCUGACUGAACUUGUCCGGUGGCUACUCGAGAAGCUCGACUCCGAAACACCAGAGGGCCCAACCCAUAUCCUUAAGACCUGGUGCACGUACUGGGAGGGCCGGGUUGAGAGGCCCCAGGACGACCCCGGCCAGGACAUUGUCCGUGAACUGUUCAUGCAGAGCCUGCAGAGGCUCCGCAGUCUUGGUGCGACCAUAUCGGAUGUGGCAGCCGCAUACAUGCUGGUGGAUAUGGAAGGGGGGAUCCCGGGUUCCUCCCCGCCCGAUUCGCGUGCUGCCUUGCGAAAUGUGCAGUCUCUUCCCGGGUGGCGUGCACUCGAGGGAGCAAAUAAGGAGUUCAUCCGCCUCGCUCAGCUCUCGUCUGAGAACGCAGCGAGCUUCAUCAAGCAGACCACAGAGGUGCAGAAACGCGUUCUGUCAUCACUUGCCCAUGAGUCACCCUACAAAUCACACUUGGACACCGCCGUCGAGUUCGAGACCAGCCGCACCAAUGCUAUUAUUAGGAACCUCAGAGAUCUCCCUGACAAGGUUCUCCGUGGCCUGCCGGACACCACCAGUGCUAUUCUAAGGAACGGAACAGUCCGUCACCUGAGGCUUACAAACUGGCAGUUGCGAGGUCUCCUGCUACCAGGGGCAAACUUCCAGGACCUGCUCACUCCUUCUCAGCGCACAGCCUUUGAGCAAGCGCUUAACCGUCCUUCCCCGUUCGAGCUAGGGAGUCUAAAACCCAUGUCCAGCUAUCCACUGACCCCGACGAACUACCUCCCUGAGAUCUCUGAAAAGCACCCGGGUCUCUCUAACCUUUUCCGCCGCAGCGUGCUGGCCAGCCCAGUGCAACUCCCUGCUGGUCAUGCCACAGAUGCAAGAACAAGCACUGCACCCUUGCUGCCUGUGCCGCGGCGGAGCAAUGCACCUGAACGCCCAAAGCCUCCGGCGGCAGACUCGGAGGGUGCACCUGCUAUCCACAAGCCCAACGCAUUCUCUGGAAGCGUAUAUGUGCCUGGGAAGCGGAGGCUGGCUUCCAACGGAAAGGACUCCAAGAAGCCGAGACUGGACCUUGGAGAGCUCAUAGACGACAGAAACCAGCUUAAAGAACAGGUACUGACGGGGUUUGGGGAUCUUAAAGACAUGGUAUCUACAGCGACGAAUUUCCUGAGCGAAAGUGCGUCUCAGACCAGCAUGAUCAGUUCCAUGUGUGGCGACAUCAACGCCAGAGUCGGUAGUGUGGAGUCGAUGCUGAAAUCGAGUUCUGAGGGGUUCAACGCAGAAUUAGGACAGCUGCGGUCCUGCACUGAUAGUCUGAAGAUGGAAUUUGAAGGUCUCAAGCGUGAGCUGAGGACAGACAUGGAGUCACUGAGACACGAGUCAGAACGACGUGACGACCAGACACGCUCUGUCCUGGACGCGAUCAAGGCAGGCCUCGAGGCCUGUGCCCGCGAGGUGAAAUCCGUCGGCCGGACAACCAAGCGCGUAAGGAAGGAGCUCCCGUCGCAGGCACAAAGCAUUUUGGAUGCGUUUAACAACCCAGCGAACAACCCGCCGGCGCAGGUAGGAGAGGAUGGAUUCCUCGGCGUGCAGUGCCCUGCACCAGACGGAUGGAGCCAGAAGGAGUACGAGAAGCAGUUGGAACGAGCAGCCUGGUCUUACAUAUGCUUCCUAGGCAGCCCUGACGAGGGCGUAUGCCCGGAUGAGGACGCCCUUGCCACAGUUCAAGAUCAGUUCCCCCACCUUGCGGAGGACCACAUUGUCUCGGCACUGGAUCACAUUCACAUGCGAAUCUAUCAUCAUCCUCUCGGUCGGGUUGUUCGCCAGGACAAUGACAAUUUCUCUGGGCAAUGA